ACGUGUCUCUUGAGCUAUCGAGGGAGAACUUAUGCAGUAUUGCACAACAUUAUUGAAGCACUGUCUACACAUAAACAAGUGUUUUCUGAUAGCAUACCUCUGAUAAUUUAGUUAACUGAUACAUCGGGUGCCCUUUUACGUAAUCCGACACAGAUACGACUUAAGGAGCUGUUAUCUGCAAACCCACGUCUAGGUUCUCUAUUUAAAAGGCUUCUGGUACCCACAGUUCAUUAGCUAAUGGUGUUCGUAGCGAGUGGCAGGGAUUUUUGACAGAAAAUAGUAAGAAACACCAGAGCUCGAGAUCCUGCUAGAAAUGCUGCCCCCGACUUAUGUUCCGGGUUUCCACGAUGAGGCAGCUGUGAGGGCGAUGCGCUAUAAUGACCUCGGCACGACAGGUCUCAAGGUGUCCCAUCUGGGAUUUGGCGGUGCCGCACUGGGGUGUUUUGGAGACUUCCCCGAGGAAGAGGGGAUCGCGGCAGUGCGGGAGGCGAUCCGGCAGGGCAUCAACUACAUUGACACGGCGCCAUUAUAUGGCCUCGGCAGGUCUGAAGAAGUUAUUGGCAAGGCCCUGAAGGGCAUCCCUCGGAAGGCGUACUACAUCGCCACCAAGGUCGCGCGCUAUUCGAUGGAAGACCCACGCACCAUCUUCGACUUCUCUGCACAGAAGACGAGGGAGAGCUUUGCGAAGAGCCUCGAGCUGCUGCAGCUGGACUACGUAGACGUCAUACAGGUGCACGACUUGGAUCUCGCUAACAAGCCGGACUUAGUUAUCCGGGAGACUCUUCCGGUGCUGCAGGAGUUUGUAGCGGCAGGCAAGGCGAGGUUCAUCGGCAUCACGGGGUACCAUCCGGAGGCCCUCCGGGAGAUUAUCGAGAAGAGCACCAGUGUGAAGGUGGACACGGUGCUGUCGUUCGCCAGAGACACUCUCCUAGAUGACACACUCCAGCGGCACAUGCCAUUCUUCAAGGAGAAGGGCGUGGGCGUGAUCUGUGCAGCGGGUGUGGCGAUGGGUCUGCUGAGCAACAGAGGUCCAGCGCCGUGGCACCCGGCACCCCAGGAGCUGAAGGAGGCCUGCCGGGCGGUAGCCGACUACUGCAAGGAGAAGGGAGUGGAGCUCGCGCGGCUGGCGGUGCACCACGCUCUGACGCGCGAGGGGCAGGCGACGCACCUCGUCGGUGUCAACAGCGUGCGAGAGCUGCAGUCCAACCUGCAGAUCCUGCGUGAUGGGCUGACUCCCGCGGAGAAAGAGGUGCUGCGUGACAUCCAGGAGAAGUUCUUUGCAAAGAUACCAGUGCGCCACUGGGAAGGCGUGGAGCAGCCGAAGCUGAUGGAGGCGUGGCGGAAGUUGGGGAUGCUCUGAGCUGUCAUCACUGUCUAAUACAUUUCCAUUCAGUCGUGUACAUGAAUUCAUAAAUACAUCGUUUACAAAAAUAGUGAAGAAUCCAAAAUAAAUAAAGAAAUAUUAUUCUGC